GCAGCUACCCACGCACACCACGCUCCGCUCUCUAGCAACAUCCGAGAGAUUUUGCCCGUAAGCAGCAAGGGCGGGGGUGUCGGGUGGAUGUUGAAUGAAGGGCGUUGUUGGUAAUCUUCCGGAGAUGAUGACGACGUUUGGAAGCCUCGUUGCCGCCUUGCCUGUCAUACUGCCAUAGCAUAAUUCUUAGAAUCUUUGCUAAAGUAAAUGUACAGUACACCAUACAGUGUGUACAUACACUAAAGUGAAAUUUGAAGAUUGAAAUUUUUCAAGUGUAAUCUUAAACAGUUGCGGGGCAGCAAGGUGUGACAAGUCAAGCUGGGAUCAGCUGCGUCCAAUUUCAGCCUCCCUUCAUUAAAGGACCCCUGCAAGAGAUUUUCACUUUUGCAUCACCAGGACUGUGCGGGGGAGGGGCAGCGUCUGGUGAACUUCAGUGUUGUUUUGCGGUCACAUGCGGAGCAGAGCAGUUAUUUCUGCAUUCUCUUGGCACGCCGGGCGAGCCUGUCUGAGCCAAUAGGCCAUUUUGCUGAUGCGGAGCACCCACGUCAAUGCCUCCCUCAUUGCGCCUCAGACUGUCUGCACCUGGGGCGCUUCACAGCACAUCUAAGGACAGAGUAAUGUGAGUUUGGAGGAAGAGCUGUUCAGGCAGAGAAACGAAGGUCAUCCGUUUGUUAUCAUCUCCUAGUACUAAGGGGCCCAGAUACCCUUGAUUCAACAAGACGUCUCCAGCUGCUGCUGAAUCCAGCAUCUUCAGGAAAAAAAAAAACAUCCCUAAGUUGAAAAGCUUCUGUCAUUUCAACACUGGUCUUUGAGAGUCUCGUUUGACACAAUUCAGGCCGCAGCCUGUUUACAAAGGAAACGGCUGCAUGUAAACAUACCGUGCACCUGACCUCCAUCUGCAGGUACAUGCAACGAAGCCUACAGUCUGUUUUGUAACACUCUGCUCUGUGCAGUCUCCAGUCGUCAACCUCGUUCUGCCUCUCAAAGAGGAUAUUUUCUAUUUUGUAACCACCAGCUUGCCAAGAAAGAAAAGACAGGAGAACACUAUGGAGGAUUUAUUGAGGAGUAGGAGGCUAGUCCACAGAACCUCAGUCAUAUUGGUGCUUGGAUACCUACAUGCACUGUGCUGUGUGUCAGGAAUUGCAAUGGCUUCUGGCCUACUAGAGGAUCCAAAGGCCAAAUUUGUCACGCCAGAAAUGUACUUCACAAAUCUGAGGACGUUCCACGGCGAGAGCCUGACGGCCAUGUCGCUCUCCCUCGACGGCUCCCAGCUCUACCUGGGCGGCAAGAACGUCUUCUACAUCCUGGACCUGACCCAGCCUUUCGGCCGGCCAGAGGCUGCCCUCAACAUCUCCUGGGUCUCCACCCAGGUGGACGUGGACGGCUGCACCAUGAAGGGCAAGCAGAGCUGGCAGUGCCAGAACUUCAUCCAGGUGGUGCUGGUCAACAAUGCCACGAAUCGGUUGCUGGUCUGCGGGACCAAUGCCUGGUCCCCUGCCUGUCGGAACUAUCAGCCAAAUUCAUUGACAGUGUACCACCAGUCAUCUGGGACCAACCGAUGUCCAUACAGCCCCACCCAAAAAAGCACGGCAAUAUUUGCAGAUGGAGCCUUGUACUCUGCCACAGUAACCAGCUUCACAGCAGUGGACUCCAUCAUCUUCCGCAGCAUGAGAGGAGAGCCAAUCAGAUCAAAGGCAGUGGACACCAAAUGGCUCAAAGUGCCGGAAUUCAUCAAGUCGUUUGAGGUCGGGGAAUGGGUCCUGUUCUUCUUCCGGGAAAUUGCUGUCGAUGCCAUCUACUCGCGGGUGGCCAAGGUCUGCAAGAACGACCUCGGCGGCUCCUGGGUCUUGGAAGAUACCUGGACCACUUUCCAGAAGGCUCGACUCAACUGCUCUUUCCCUGGCGCCUUCCCGUUUUACUUCAACUAUCUACAGGAUGUGUACAUGAUGGGUGAAGGAGAUGACAUCAACUUCUAUGGUGUCUUCACAACAGGAGACCACGAGAUCCCAGGCUCAGCUGUCUGUGUCUACAGCCUGGCCAAGAUCAAGGAGAUCAUCAACGAGGGACAGUUCAAGAAGCAGCAGCAGGGCAACUGGUAUCCUGUCCCGGUGGACGAAGUCCCCGACCCGAGGCCAGGACUUUGUGUCGAGAACUCCAAGAUGACGCCCGACAACACACUGAACUUUAUUCUGGCGCAUCCCCUCAUGCACCUGUCGGUGCCCAAUGAGGGCGAGGAGUGGCCGCGAUUCGACUUGACGCGAGCCAACUACCGUCUCAUGCAGAUAGUGGUUCACCAGCAGAAGGCGAUCAACGAUAAGACAUACAACGUGCUUUUCCUUGGCACAGAUGACGGCCGCGUCCUGAAGGUGGUCAUUGUCAAGGGGACCAAUGACCGUUACCGCUCCAACCUCCUGGAAGAAAUCUUUGUCUCGCCCCGGAUGCAGCCCGAGGCCGUGGUCAACAUGGAGAUUGUCCGGCAGCCGGGUGGAGACGACGUGAUCCUAGUCAACACCAACAGCACGGUGGUCGAGCUCCCGCUGCAACGAUGUGACAACCUCACGGAAUGUGCUUGUAAACAGGAUCCCUACUGCGUGUUUAACAACUUCAGUCAAAAGUGUCUGCGGUAUACAGAUAAUAAUUUUGACUCACAAGACGUAGAAAAUAUACAAGACUGUGCAAAAGAAGUGCCAGUACCUCAGACAACCACCCCAGUGGAGUGUUUUUGUCCGACGGCACAGCCCUGUGUUAAAACUGGCAAGGAUUGUGAAGGCGACAACCCUGAUAAUUUGUCCACCACAAUGCUCCCACCUGCCGUAGCAACCGUGACGAGCAGCCGAACUCCACCCCCGGAGGCGAUCACUACCCCCAAGAAAGGCACGACUCCGCGAACUAUCCCGGGGCGUACAACCCCCACACCGAGAAGACCGCAGGAGGCACCGACGACGCCCAGCGACGUGGACAAUGAAGUGAUCGCCAAGACCACACCUCCUCGGAACGAGGCCAAGACCACCCGCCACCCCAAUGCGGUUGGCCCGCUUGCUGGAGUGACUGGUGAACAUUGGUGGUUUGCCCCCGCCUCGCCGAUCUUCUGGACCUUCUUCGCGGUCGGCUGGUUCCUGGCCUUCGUCCUCCUUGCCUUCCUGCUUCACCUCUUUGUAAACAAGAAGUGUAAGGGUAACUAUCAGCCCACGGAAACGGAAGAGUCCGUCCUCGGCUCAAGUUAUAAACCAACCCCCAAAAUUGUCCAGACAGUCCUCGCAACCGAGAAUGGAAAGCCACCCCUUAUGACAGCCAUGGAGGAGUCCCCGGUGAGACCCACCCCGGUCAAUGGGAUCCUGCCCCAGUCGCGCCCCCACUCCCUGACCCCGAGCGUCGACCCCAGCCCCCGCAACUCCAAUGGUUCCUACCGCCCGCCCCAGGGUUCCUUCAGCUAUGGCAUGGAUGGUUCGUACCUGGCACCUUACGGCGGUAGCACAGGUGGGCGGAGGCCGCCCUCGGGCGGCGGGCUGCCAGUGGAGCUGGGCUCGCCACAGCGCCUGCCCAGCGAGACGGAGAGCCGGCCCUCGGCCUCGGGGGCCUCCGACACGGAACUGUGCGGAGACGACUCAGAAAUCUGGCUGAAGAGGCCGGACGGCUCAGAUUUUGGCCAGGAGCAUGAAGUCUGAGACUUGCCAAAGGAGAGACGCUCAUUUUUUAAAACAACAUUUAAUUAUACCUUCCAAGUCAUCCCAGCUGUCCUAACAUCAUCAAAAAAAAAAAAAAGGGCUGGGAAAAAACAAGAAAAAAGCCGAGCAGAUGAGUGUGUGCUCAUGAUGGACUCCAGCAGACGAAGGAAAGAGCUGACGAAGUGCACUCUCUUGAUUCAAAUCAUUUACUUGACGCUUGGCCAAACUUGAAAAUGCGCAAAUGGGGAGAUCGCCAGACAUGAAAAGAAAUAUGCAAUAUUGAACAAGGGAGAGCUCUGCAUUUAGCAGGUGUUGACUGGAAACCUGGGAAGAAAUCUAAAGAAGAGCAGCUGGGUGGUCCUCUGAACUACAGUGCAGUGUACUUAUAAAGGAAACAUAUACUUGCCUUAAUUGAAAAACAAGAGCAAAGGUGUCGUGCUUUCCCAUCAACAGAGAGUUGUCGGCCUCGAGAGGAACUUACGAUGGAGGGAAGCUCUGAUGUCGAUUGGAAGAUUGCUUACGAAAGUGGACGUUCAUUGGCUUUGCCAUGGUGCAUUAAAUAUUUGCGGGUUGGUUUCCAUGCAUCUGAACCCCCUUGGCCUUCUAGCAGUGCAGGGGUCGCAUUGAUUCUGAUGCACACUCCUUUUUUCCCCCUCUUACGAGGAGGUGGCCUCCUUGAACAAAACUCAAAUCUGAUGAACAGUCGUGCCUCUGCAAAAAUACGUACUGUGUUGAUAUGCAGCCUGUAAAUACUCGCCGAUGUGAAUAUAAAACACACAUGACGGACUCGACAGCUAAGUAAAAAAUAAUGAUUUUGACGAAUUUUUGUUUUCUCUUGUGAUCAUGUUGCCAUGACUCGAUAUCGUCGGUAGUCAGUAUUAUAGCUUUUAAUCUCAAGGUUGAUCACACUGGUUGUCUGUGUAUAAGGUGUUAGCUUUUCAAAAUUAGUGGAAGAGAGAGUUUUAUGAAAAGUAUAGGCGUCUACACGCAGAAAGUGCACUAUAGUUUAAUGCAGCAUUGUAUUCAUGUAUAUAAAUGUCGAGAGUAAGGUAAUUGUGGUGUUGUAGAAUUUGUGAUUGUUCCAACAUAAAAAAGUGUGAUGGUUUUCAAAGGGAAAUCUCCAAAGGUUAUCUGAAAGUUUCCGAGGGGUCUGUGCUAGAGGCUUAUCAGUCCACGGUUCGGAAACCUUUCAAAGGUUGCCAAAAAGUUAUUUACAUUUGUAGGCAGUUGACGUGACUGUAUACGGUUGUUUCUACUGCCUCGGCCUGGUAUGUUUCCCUUUGAGACAUCACCUAAAAAAAAAGAAAAAAAAAUAGCACCAGAAACUACAUAAGAAUUACACUCCACUCUUCCUGAAAGUGGAACAGCACAGAGGUAAUCUUCACAGAUGUUAUCGCAAGACCUACAAGAGCUCCAUACAAGGCUUCCUUCAAGUUGUGGAAGACACAUCGGCACCAUGCAAUUGAGCAUCAGAAAAUGUCAAAAAUGACAUCAACUUUACUACCGAAACGGUGAAGUGAAAUAAAAAAAGAGUCUUAAGUUAAGACAGUGUCACAUAUCUGGGUCUGCUGAACUGGACCGAACGCCGGCAAUAUGAAGUGAGAAUGUGCAGGGACUGUGGAUGUGCUGAAAUGCCGUCCGGAGCACUCGGAAUUCCUGCUCCGCAAAUGCCCAAUUUGUGAGUACAUCGCAGACAGACAUUACCCAUCAGUUCUGCGUCAUUAGUCUGUGGUUUCCUUGACGACAGUGGUAUUUGUACCAUAGGGAAGUAGGGGUAAGGUUUCCAGAUUCUGAAAACAGUAUGAGGUUAGGUGUUCUAGCAAGUGUGUGUACGUUUGGAAUGGACGAUACCAAAUUUAAUACAAGUAAUUGUACAGUUUUGGUUUUUUGGGGGGGACCUUAGCUUGCUUGUUUGGGGAGGUUUUUAAAGAUGAGCUGUUUAUUUGUGUGUGUAUAUAAGGCAGUUGUGGAUGAAUUGUUUUAUUUAUUUAAUUAAAAUUUCAAAAAUUUAUUUGCCAUUUUUUGGGAUAAAGUAAUUUAAAUAAUGUUACAUGGAGAACUCCCGUUCCGUGAUGGUUGACCUUAACAUUCCACAAUUUGUUGGCUGAUUAGUUGGUUCUGUGUCUGGCUAUGCGUGCAUCGCACUUCACCAAAUCAAAGCUGAUUGGAUGGGAAAUUGCCUCGUAAGCACAUAGCUGGGUGACAUAACAAAAUGGUAAUCCAGCAGGAGUGUGCCUCGGGGGCUGCUUCUCAAAAUUUGGCUUCCGUCGCUGGCUUUGGCUAUGUUUCUGCCCCAAGAAACAUUCGUAGGCUUUUAAAAGCAUUUGGACCAAAUAAGAUGCCACUAUUUUGGGCUCAAAGGAUCUCUCAUAAGCAAGAAGCAUCAACUCACAAUGAGCUGGACUCGUAGCCAAGAAAGCUAAAAAUCAGGUAGAGCUGAAGGUUAAUCCGCAUUUGAAAAAUGACUUUAAGAUGCAUCGUGUAAAGAAAUGGUGUGGUCUAACAAGCACUACCGCUACUGCUUGCAUUGAUUGGCAGUAUAUGUGGAGAUCCAGUCAAAUGCUCGUCAAAGUUGGCAGGACUCGCGUUUGUUUUUGGCCCAACUGCCUGCUCACCUGGCACACAAAAACGCCACCAGUCAUGACAUCAACAUUCAAAUUCCUGAAGAAAUGUAACAGAUGUAUCAAUGAAUUUGUGUGUUUUAAAAAUGAAGGCUUCAUGUGCAUAAAAAAACGUAAAUUAUUAACACUUAUAUGGCUGAAUUCAAGUUCAAUAUUUUUGGUUGUAAUUCAAACUAGGACUUGAUCUAUAAAGUUUAAGGACAGAGCUAGAAACUGUUUUAUCGCUCCUUUUUAUUCAAGCUGUGUGAACAUGUGUAAAUAAGAAUACGAUAGUCCACGUGUAAAUACUUUUUUUUUUUUACUUCUAUGCAAACGUCAAAAUGCUGACAAAUUAAAUGAUGUACAGAGCUCUCCCUCAAUGUUUUUUGUUCCCAAGGUAAAUAAAUGCAGUAUAACAUGCGAGUAGGAAUUGCAUAUUAAACAGUGAAAGAAAAUUGUGAGUCAGUACGUGUAGUCGGAAUACGUUCGAUUCUUUGAGACCGUGUGUGAAGCCAUACAUACUUGCAGUCAGCUAGACACAUGGAAUGCACCGCGCCACAUUCCAGGGACAGCUAAGCUCAGAUAGUCACUGGGUAGCGACAACAUUAGGUAGCACAGGCCAGUUACUAGCCAUGAUGCAACACAUUCUGCUCUUGUUCGUGUAGUUUUCUCCCGCGGGGCAUCAAAAUUUUGCUAUUUAAAGCUAUAGUUUUCUGCUCAGUGGCUCCUUGAAAUCGGAUCCAGUUUUACGUAUGGUCAGAGACUUGUGUCCUCACUUUAGGCUAUGAGGAAAGGCCAAGAGUUUAAGUUGUGUUGGCCACUAUGCACCUUGAAAUUGCCUUCUUAUUCAGUCCUAUGAUAAAUCAAAUUCACAAGGCCAUGUCAAAGUUGCUUGGAUAUGACUGGAUGCAGAUAACAUACAAGCCUGUGGAAACUGCUGGCUAAAUGGCUACCUGCUUUUCCUUCAGAAGCCCGUGUCAUUUCAAGUCAUAGGCAAGUCAUUUUGACCUGGCUGAAUGUACAAAAUGUUGUGCCUGUUUAUGCAUUGUGUAGACAUCCAUGAAACUGAGCUGACUCCAACAUCUGGGGUCACAAAAGUGAAUAUAUGAGCCGUUGUCAGACUCUGUACUGAAUGAGAGUUCAGCUGCAGUUAUGGCUGUGGCUAGGUCUCUGUAGGUACAUGUAUUGUGUGCUGUUCCCAGCCCGUUUACAGCCAUGAUUGUUUGACAUACAAAGUCCUGCAAGAAUGUGACUUCUCCCACACAUUUGGAUGCUUUGUUACUCCAAGGUUAGCCAGGUAUUAAGAAGAGCCAGCCGCCAUGCGUCAGGUUACAUUUCAGAAAGUUAGGGAGUUAGCUGUGGUGAGCCUUACCCCCUUGAAUGUUCAGAUGAAUUCAUUUGCUGUUUAUGAGCGUGCACAUUUUUGGAUGCUCUGUUUGUUUGGUUUUUUUUUUGAAGAGUAGGUAUUUUGAGCAUGGGAAUCACUUGGACAAUAUCCAAAAAUGCUCGGAUGCACAACAGGUUCUGUGAAACAAACUUUGAUCCCUGCAUUUUUGUAUACGAUGGUGAUCUCUCCUUUUUGAAAUUUUAGAUCUCUUAUUUUUAUACUGUAUGCUUGUACAUUAUGUUAGGAAUUGUGAGAGUAUUUUCUAUUAAGUUUGACCCAUUACACGCUGAUGCUGUGUGUAAAUGUGUUAUACAUGUAUAUUAAACAAAUUGUUGCGAGGUUACUUUCUGUCGACACUGCCAUUAUAA